CGCCUGCCCACUUACUGCCUUCGGCGAUUCCCAUGUUCCAUAUUCACUCGUCAGACGUUCCACUCCCGCUACUUUUCACCUUCAUCGACGCUCGGAUCCCAUCCAUCGUUGCGCAACCUGCCUCNUAGCGUGAUUUCAAGAGUAUCCCGUCGCCAAGAUGUCGUCGGAUCUCUGUUACAACUGUCACCGGAGUAUGUCGUUUUCCAUGCGCCUCGCGCAUGUGACAAGCCUCUGCAAGAAUGCCUGAAUUGCGGAACCUUCGGCCAUACCUGGAACUUCUGCCACCUCGGACCGCUCAGAAUCCAGCCCGAUUACAAGGUCCUAUAUCAACCCAACCAUCCUGCAUUGUAUCAGGACAAGAUCGCUGACACUCGACACNAGUACUACGCCCUCUGCCACAACUGUCAGAAAUGGUUUACUCCCGAUUUUAGCACCUUCCUGCUCCUUGUGAGGAAGAAUUGGUUCGCUGUGGUGGUUGCAUGCAACUUGGCCAUCUCCGAGAGUACUGUGCUUUCGANNCCCAACCCCGGCACGCUGUUCACUGAGGGCAUGAGUAACUACAUCUCGCAAAAUCUCACUGCCAACAACGCCCAAUGGAUCGUGCACAAUGCUUCUCUGGCCGAUGAGAUCUACAAGAUCAAGAUGGGUGCAGUCAUGGACACGCUUCAGCUCUUCACAGGCAGGAAUCGUGAAGAGGUUCGUGUCUAUCUCGCCAAUGCUUACCGCGGCCAAUUUUCUGGCGUAUCAUCCUGUCACUCCGUGUCUACACAACCAUCCGCAACAAGGCAGCUUCCGAAACCUGUUGCUGUCAAGACGAAAACCAAUUCUGCCCUGUCUCUUUCGCGUCCGAACAUUCCACAAACCCGGGUCGGCGACCAAUCUUACGAAGCAUACAACACGCUAGCUCCUCUUCAGUUCCAAGAUGGCGACAAACAGCCACGCCAACAAUCCAAGGCCUUGAACACUGUUGUCGCCAUGGACAGUGGAAGUUCGUCGAUAUCUUCCACUAACCACGAUUCUGGAGUUCAAAAGACGCUCGCGGAUCCUCAGUCCGCCCACGACGGUAUCUUCAACUUCCGCACAUAUGACGAUGGAGGCCAUGAGGAAAUUUGUGGUGGCAGUUCAGGCAACGAAAGCAUCACCUCGAAAAGCUCUCCUUGCGAUGAUCGUGCCCNNGUGGAAAGCAAAGAUGAGGCGGAGCAGGAACGUGAGUUCUUCGAAGGAGCACUUUAC